AUGAAAAUUUUACAAUUAAGCUCACUUUUCGUUUUCGUAUUUGCAGCAUUCAAAUUUGUUUCCGCACAACAACUACCAGCAAAUAUCUCUGCUGCAUGUUCCAACGAACUUGCCAAGCUUUCUUCAAGUCCAGAACUUAACAGUUGUGCUUCAUUUAUCAAGUUAUCAGCAUUGCAAAAUGCAACAGCUGACCCAGGACCAAUCUUGGAUGCCUAUUGUCCCGCGCCUAAAUGCAGUGAUAGCACCACUUCUGCUGAUGUUGCUGAACUUAAGUCUCAAUGUGCUGCUGAUCUUAUGAAUCCUGAAGUAUUUGCUAUAAAGGAAAUUCUUGCUUUCAAUUCUCCGGUGAAGGAUAGUUUCUGUUUCAAGAACGCUACUACCAGUCAAUAUUGUUAUUUGGACCCAAAUAGUAAAUCGAUAUUCAGUUUCAUUAGUGGGUUGGGUAAUACUAUUCCCACUGAUAUUAGUUGUACCGAUUGUAACAAAGCUAUUUUAAAUACUUUUUGGAAUUUCUUUAAUGCUCAUAAUGAAUCCGCUACUGAGUUACCACCAACGGUCAAUUUGACACUUUUUCUAACUAGUGUUACAACAAAAUGUGGUCCUUCUUUCUUAAAUGGAACUAUUCCUACUGGUGUAAUUCCUAGUUCUUCAACACCAUCCCCUUCUCCUACUGCAAAAUCUGGUGGUGUCACCAUGCACAGUCCACCUUUUAUGUUGGCUGACACUAUCAUCGUGGCUUCAUUUAGCAUUUUAACUGCUUAUGUUAUUUCAUUAAUUUAA